AACACUGUUUCCUUCCAAGAGGCCAUGUCAAAGUGGAGGACCUCUCAAACGAGCAAUGAUUCGACAUAAAAUGAUUUUAAGAUCACCUGCAUUUCACCUAUGCUACAACAUAGCAAAACAAGCAAUAUUAUCCAACCAAAUUGCUUACCAAGUUACAACAAUCCAUAGUCUUGUUUACUGUACCAACCCAUGUUUCAAAGACAAAUACAACGAGUCAAACAACCUUAAUUUAGACUUGUUACCUCAGUUACAUCAAAAUGGUGUUCUACUUGACCAAUUUAGCCUCAAUAAAGUCAUCUCCACAUGUGCAAAAUUGGGUUCUUUAUCAAUUGGAAUACAAACUCAUUGUCAAAUUAUCAAAAUGGGGUUUGAUUCAAAUGUAUUUAUCAAUACAUCUCUUGUUGAUAUGUAUGGAAAAUGUGGUAUUGUACUAGAAGCACAGAAACUGUUCGAUGAAAUGCCUGAGAGAAAUGUAGUGACAUGGAAUGCUAUGAUUUCUGGUUAUCUGGACACCCUUUACUCCGAAAAGGCGAUAGCAUUGUUUCUUGAAAUGUUAAGGGAAAGUAUUAGUCCAACCCCAUCAAGUGUUUCGGCUAGUUUAGUUGGUUGUGUUCAGUUAGAAGCAUGUGAAUUUGGGGUGCAAUUGCAUGGUUUGUGUUGGAAAGUUGGUUUUGCUUUGGAUGUUAUAGUAGGGACUGUUUUGAUUGAUAUGUAUUCGAAAUGUAUCGAUCUUGAGACUUCGAGGAGAGUUUUCGAUCAAAUGCCUGAAAAGAAUGUUGUUACUUGGACUUCCAUGAUAAGUUGUUAUGCACAAUAUCAUUGCCCUUUUCAAGCUAUGGUUUUGUUUAAGGAAAUGAUGACAUUGGGAAUUAAACCUAAUUAUGUUACGUAUACGAGUUUGUUGAGCUCGUUUUCUUGUCCGGAUUACUUGGUUCAUUGUGAGCAGGUUCACUGUCAUGUAAUACAGCAGUGUUUUAACAUUAAUCAUUACUUGGUGGUAUCGUUGUUGUCUGCGUAUUCGGGGUGUAGUUGUAACUUAAAGGAUUUUCGUAAGUUGUGCUCUGACGUUAUGAAAUGGGAUGAAAUCUCCUGGAACGCAGUCAUUUCCGGUUUCUCUAAUUUAGGAGCCGGUGGAGAAGCGUUCUCCUGCUUUUCAAAAAUGAGGCGGGCUGGUUUUACCGUUGAUCACUACACAUUUGCGAGCAUUUCGAAAGCAAUUGGGAGCAUUUCAGGCCUGGAGGAGGGAAUGCAGACCCAUUGCUUAGCUCUGAAAGCAGGACAUUUUUCUGAAAUUAUCAUACAAAAUGGGCUUCUUUCCAUGUAUACAAGGUGCGGUAGACUUGAAGAUGCUCAGAAAAUAUUCACAUCAAUGGAGGAACGAGACCUUAUAUCGUGGAACACACUUCUUACAGGGUGUGCACAUCAUGGUUAUGGUCGGGAUGUGAUUAUAAUGUUUGAAGAAAUGAGGAAAAAUGGUAUUAAGCCAGAUUUAACCACAUUCCUUGCUGUUCUUUCGGCUUGUAGACAUGCUGGCUUGCUCGACGAAGGGCUUAUUUAUUUUGACCUAAUGAAGAAUGACAAUUCUCUACCACCACCAAAGGUAGAGCAUUAUGCUUGCGUAGUCGACCUUUAUGGCCGUGGUGGUCAUCUACAUGAAGCAAAGGCCUUCAUUAACAAUAUGCCAAUAGAGCCAGGACCUUCGGUUUAUAAAAGUCUACUGAGUGCUUGCCAGCUUCAUGGUAAUAAGGAACUUGCUGUGAUUUCUGCCAAGAAGCUUGUUGAAAUAUGCCCUAAUGAUCCCGCAACAUAUAUACUGCUAGCAAAUGUCCUAGCAUCGGAAGGGAGUUGGAGCGACGCAGAGGGACAGCGGAAGCUUAUGUUGGAUAGAGGAUUGAGUAAGAAACCUGGUUAUAGCUGGCUAUAAUUCACAAUAGGGUGGUAUCGUUACCAAUUGACAUGAUUCGAACUCUGUCACAGACAAAAGCCUGGUAUUUAAGUGAAGAAAGAUAAAGGGGACCCAUUAUCCACCGAGUUCCUAAUCGUGCACUAUUGGCUCUUAGGGAUUUCUUGAUUAUCCUUACUCACAUAACAUGAUACUAUGACAAGUGAAGUUCUUUGUCUCAACAAUUGUGAGCUCUUUAGGGUGUGUUUGGUAUUAAGGAAAAUGUUUCCCAUGGGAAAUGUGUUUUCGGAAAAUAAGUGGUUUUGUUGCUUAUUUUUUGGGUGGGAAGGAGACAAUGAAUUUGGAAAGCCAUUUAUGGAACUU